CUGGGAUUUGUUCCCACACGGCGUUCCAUUUAGAAACACUGUUUUUCUUCCUGUUAGGAUUCCAGACAGAGCCGAAGGACAGAAACUAAAAGAAUUGUAGCAGCUUUUGCUCAACAAAUGUUAAUGUAGCAUAAAAACGGAUCAACAAUAAUGAUUCCAUACACUGUCAACAUCAAACUCGCGGCCCGGACGUUGACUGGCACUCUCAACUUACAGAAUAAAACCGCUGUAGACUGGGGAUGGCAGGGGCUGAUAGCCCAGGGAUGUCACUCCAGUAUUCUCAUCAUCGAUCCAAAGACGUCUCAGACCAUCCAGGUGUUGGAGAGGCACAAAGCUAACGUGGUCAAGGUGAAAUGGUCCAGGGAAAACUAUUACCACAACGUGAGCUCUCCCUACUGUCUGCGGCUGGCUUCUGGAGAUGCCUCAGGCAAGAUCAUAGUGUGGGAUGUGGUCAGCGGCACCGUCCAUUGUGAGAUCCAGGAGCACUCCAAACCUAUCCAGGACAUGGAGUGGUUGUGGAAUCAGGAUGCGUCUCAUGAUCUGCUGUUAGCCAUCCACCCUCCCAACUACAUUGUUCUGUGGAACGGAGACACAGGCACCAAGCUAUGGAAGAAGAGCUACGCUGAGAACAUCCUCUCCUUUUCUUUUGACCCCUUUGACCCCUCCAACAUGGCAUUGCUGACCAGUGAAGGAAUAGUCUUCAUCACAGACUUUUCCCACUCCAAACCACCGGGCAGUGCUGGCAAAAAGGUCUACAUUGCCAGCCCCCAUGCAAGCCCCGCCCACACCAAACCUGCCCCCGCCACUGCCCCGGUCCCUACUGGCGCCAAGAAGGCCCUCAACAAGGUCAAAGUGCUCAUCACCAAUGAAAAACCCACUGCAGAGGCGGUGACGUUGAACGACUGUCUGCAGCUGUCCUACCUGCCAUCCAAGAGGAACCACAUGCUGCUGCUUUAUCCCAGAGAGAUCCUCAUCCUGGACCUGGAGCUCAGCCAGACGGUGGGUGUGGUGGCCAUCGAGCGCUCCGGGGUGCCCUUCAUUCAGGUGAUUCCCUGCGCUCAGCGGGACGCUCUCUACUGUCUCCAUGAGAACGGGUGCAUCACCCUCCGAGUUUGUCGCACCACUACCACUCCAGACGAAUCCGCAGACCCCGAGCAGAAUGUCUACGAGCUCAUGUACGAUCUGCGCUCUCAGUGCGAUGCCAUCCGAGUCACCAAGACAGUGCGGCCAUAUCGCAUGGUUAUCUGCCCCGUCAAUGAAAAUAGUGCUGCGCUUAUGGUCAGCGACGGCAGAGCCAUGCUGUGGGAGCUCAAAGCCCACGCCAGCAAGGCUGUUGGCAAUCCAAGUUCGGGCCUUUCUCCGCUCUACACCCCCUUAUCAUUUUGUGGAUCUCCACUGGGUCCAAACCAGAAAAGGAUUCAGGAUCUCUCUCUCAACAGCAUGAUUGGUCAGACCUUGAUGGCUGGUGAGGCUCCUCCUCCAUCAUCCAACCAGCAAGACAUCCAGUUAAAGUUCCUGCUGACUGGCCUCCUGUCUGGUCUGCCGCUGCCACCCUUUGCCCUUCGCAUGUGUCCACCUCUUACCACCAAAAACAUCAACCACUACCAACCCCUGCUGGCUGUAGGCACCAGUAAUGGGUCCGUACUGGUCUUUAACCUGACUAGUGGUCUUCUCCACAAAGAUCUCAGCGUCCACUCUUGUGAAGUCAGGGGGAUUGAAUGGGUGAGUCUAACCAGUUUCCUAUCUUUUGCCACUUCUGCCCCCAACAACAUGGGCCUGGUGCGAAAUGAACUGCAGCAUGUCAACCUGCCUACUGGCAGAUGCUUUGCAUUCAGAGGCGAGCGAGGAAACGAUGAGCCACCCAUUGAGAUGAUUAAAGUGUCUCAUCUCAAACAGUACCUGGUUGUGGUGUUCAGAGACAAACCCCUGGAGCUGUGGGACACCAGGACGGGGACUCUACUCCGGGAGAUGGCGAAGAACUUCCCCACUGUUACUGCAUUGGAGUGGUCCCCAUCCCACAACCUGAAGAGUCUGAAGAAGAAGCAGAUGGCAGCGAGGGAGGCCAUAGCUCGGCAGACGGUGUCAGACGCCGAGCAGACUAGCGUUGAAUCCUCAGUCAUCAGUCUCCUACAGGAUGCAGAGAGCAAGUCAGAGACCAGCCAGGCCAUCUCAGCCAGGGAGCAUUUUGUAUUCACUGACACUGAUGGGCAGGUCUACCACAUCACCGUAGAGGGCAACACAGUCAAAGAUGGCGCACGAAUUCCACCCGAUGGCAGUAUGGGCAGUAUCGCCUGCAUUGCCUGGAAAGGCGACACCCUGGUGCUCGGGGACGUUGACGGCAAUCUCAACUUCUGGGACCUCAAAGCUCGUUUGUCCAGGGGAAUACCAACACAUCGUGGCUGGGUGAAGAAGAUCCGCUUCGCCCCGGGGAAGGGAAACCAGAAGCUGCUGGUCAUGUACACCGAUGGAGCUGAGGUCUGGGACACCAAAGAGGUCCAAAUGGUGAGCAGCAUGCGGAUCGGGCGCAACGUGAACUACCGCAUCCUAGACAUUGACUGGUGCACAUCAGACAAGGUUGUGUUGGCCUCUGACGACGGCUGUGUCCGAGUGCUGGAAAUGGCAAUGAAGUCCGCCAGCUACCGCAUGGAUGAGCAAGACCUGACUGAUCCAGUGUGGUGUCCUUACCUGCUGGUGCCCCGAGCGGCGCUCACUCUCAAGGCUUUCCUCCUGCUGCAGCCCUGGUCAGGAACCUUCACCAUGGACAUCACUCAAGUAGACUACAAUGAGAAAGACGAGAUAAAAGGUCUGAUCCAGGAGCAGCUCAACUCCUUGUCUAACGAUAUGAAGAGUGUGCUGCAGGACCCGGAGCUCAGCCUGCUGCAGCGUUGCCUUCUGGUCUCACGGCUGUUCGGGGAUGAGUCGGACCUUCACUUCUGGACAGUGGCGUCCCACUACCUCCAGUCGUUUGCCCAGGCUCGUCAGCUAGGUGUGUCCACUGCAGAGGGUCAGGCCAAAAGCGAAGGAGCCCAGAUGUCGCCUCCGAACCACCUGGACAUCUGCCACGACGUUCUGUGUGAGAGCUCUUACUUCCAGAAGUUCCAGUUGGAUCGAGUUCACCUGCAGGAGGUGAAGCGCUCCAGUUAUGACCACACAAAGAAAUGUGCUGACCAGCUCCUCCUGCUGGGUCAGACGGACCGAGCAGUGCAGUUACUGUUGGAGACGAGCGCGGACAACACCAGCUACUACUGUGAUUCGCUCAAGGCGUGCCUAGUGACCACCAUCACCUCUUCAGGCCCCUCACAGUCCACCAUCAAACUAGUGGCCACUAACAUGAUUGCCAACGGCAAGCUGGCAGAGGGGGUACAGCUGCUGUGUUUGAUUGACAAGGCAGCGGAUGCUUGCCGCUACUUGCAGACCUACGGGGAGUGGAACCGUGCUGCCUGGCUGGCUAAGGUGCGUCUGAACCCAGCAGAGAGCUCAGAUGUGCUGAAGCGCUGGGCGGAGCACCUUUGCUCCCCGCAGGUCAACCAGAAGUCCAAAGCCAUCAUGGUGCUGCUUUCCCUGGGAUGCUUUUACAAAGUAGGAGAGAUGCUACAAAGCAUGAGGCACUUUGAUCGCGCCGCCCUCUUCAUUGAAGCCUGUCUGAAGUACGGAGUGAUGGAGGCCAAUGACUCUUCCAAUAAACUUAUCAAAUCUGUAUUUUUGGAGUAUGCGCGGAUGCUGCGCUCCCUGGGCCUGCGGGAAGGCGCCGCGCUGUGGGCGUCCCGGGCCGGCAGCGCCGGGGAGCAGCUGAUGGAGGAGCUGUUCCAGGGAGAGGGGAGCGUGCCAGAAGCCAUUCCAGGCGAAGAGGGAGUCGAGCUGAGCCGGGUUAGCACUGAGUGACCCCGGAAAGACUGGAGAACGGAUGACAUACUCUUUGGUACAAAUCAAGGGACUGCCGUUCAUUCUAACUUCAAUAGCGUGACCAUUGUGAAUUAACCGUGUCGGCAUCACAGGGGACAUCCCGAUCAUCGUGAGAAGACAGGAGAGAUGAGGAGAUUCCUCCAUGUGAAGCUGCCGGUCCGUCACUGACGUCUGUGUCUUUAGCGAGUUUGACAUUUCUUAAUGUUCGGUAUGACCAGUGUGUGUUUGUGCACAUAUGUGUAUGCAUGUAAGAUCCCCAAAAGAAAACACACUUGUCCUGAUUCCCCCCCCCCAACAAUGGAAGUUGACAUUGUUGAUAACGGUCUGUGAUUGUUAAUGGUUGCUUGUUAAGCUUUAUUUUGUAUCUGUAAUAAUAACUUUAAAGUAUUGUUGUAGCUCGACAGGUUAAAUUAGCCUUAUUGCUGCUGAGAUUAAAUGUGGCAGAAUGGAUUUAUCCCAAAAUAAUGUUCUCUAUUCUAUUACAUUUUGAAAAUGCACUGCCCUUAUAGAACCCCCCCCCCCCACACACACACACUAUUAAUCCAUGUCUACCUAAAGACUGAAUUCCAAAAUAUUAGUUUUUUUGCACUCUUGAUUUAACCAAAAACACGGCAUCAUUUGAAUGAUAACUUUGAUUAUUUUUUUUAUUUUUUUUUACGUUCCUUGUAACAGAGACACAAUAUUGCUCUAGACAGAGACAUAACAGGCCGCUGUAUAUACACAGCAGGUGGUGCUGGGUAAUCGACUCACCAAAGCCUGCUGCUGCACCAACCUCUGCAGCUGUGACUGUUGGACGCCAGGUCACUCUGACUUAUUAGACACUUAUUAGUAUAUUAUCUCAUCUCCCAGAGCACAGAGGGGAGAGGAAUCGGACUGCCGCCACCUCAGUGAUACCAUUUAAUUCGCUUGUGUAGAGUUUAGUUGAAGAGAUGCUGGGUAAUCCAUUCCGGCCAAAUGGAAUUUUAAAUUUUCUACUUUUACGAAGACUUGAGAGGAUAGUUUUCUCUCUGUAUUCUUUGAUGUGUGUAUAAUGAGGUUGUUCUCUGGUGUUUGCGUAUUACAGGAAGAGCUGUCAAAAUGUGUUGUAACUCAUUUUAAUCAGACCUCUGAAGGAGGCUUUACACACAAACAAUAAUCUGUGCUGCUCCCUCUGUUGCCCAUCACAAUCACAGUUUAGCAAACGGAUUAGACCUGCUGCCUCAUCUCCUCUGCUCUGCUUUUGCCUCAUGUUGUCAUAGAGAACUACCUACUGAUCAUCAAAAUCAUCUGCAUGACAAUGCAAAGCCUUUAGUGAUUGUGUGUUUAAUGACCUUGUAACGUGUUCAAUGGUCCUGAAACGAGACCGUAACUCCAUCCCCGGGACCUUUUAUAAGUGUGUUAUUGUGUUUCAUAAACACGUCAGUGCUGGUUCUCUUGUUGUUACAGUUAACCCCAGGCAGUGUCACUAUGGCAACCCAGGCCUCUUUCAGUGGGGGACUACAGGUUCCUGUAGAUCCAUUUCACAUAGCUCCAACAACAUACUGUAGGAGUCCCACCACCCAGCAGGUAAUCAGCUGUAGUUUACCUGGUGCUGGUUACCAAUGGUUACCAAUCACGCCACGCAGUGUUGUGGAAGCAACAUGUAUUGCACUGCGUCUUAUGAUUAGGCCCCAGUGUGAUUAACACUUGCUGCUUUUCUUUGUACUUAUGAACAAAAGUUAAGCCUUUUUUCAUUGUUGUGUUCAUUGUUUGUACAGUGAUCCUAAUGCUUUAUGCUAUAUAAAUAUUACAAGAGAAAAAAAUAAGAUAUAUGUAUAUAUUGAUGGCAAUAAAAUCAAUGUUAUUAAAUUUA